AUGAAAAAGUGUUUAUAUUUAACAGCUUUCAUCCUCUUAUAAUUUGCUAUUGCAGCUUCCCCAGGUGUUUAACAAAUUUCUUGUGGUGAGGGAAAUUUGCUGUGUUCUAGAGUUUGCUCUUUAAGCUACAGAUUGCCAAAAGGAUGUUAUUGGUAAGGCUAGCAACCCUCUUGUGAGGUUGCUAACUGUGAUUGUGCCACUAAUGAAUAUUUAACUGAUUCAUAUUGCCAUUCUUGUAAAGGAUUAAAUUACUUUGUUAAUACACAAAAGAAUUAAUGUGUUCAGUCUAGCGCAUCUUGCAUAAAUAGAAUAUUGAAAUAGAAUAAAUGGACAGACUAGGAUUGCUAAAUAUGUUUUGGAUCUAAAUAAAAAAAAUCUAGAAAAGAUGGGUCUGGGUGUAUUAAUUUUUCUGAUAUAAGAGCUUUCUAUGUAACAUUUUUAGUACUUUUAAGUAUUUGA